UAUAGCAAAUGCUUUUAUUUAAUUUUAUUCGAAUAUUACGUCACGUCUGCAUCUAUUCGAAUCGAAGGUGAAUUAUUAUUUUUUCACUAUUGCAAUUGAAUGUUUUUAUCUAAAUACCUGAUGAUGCUUCUGUUUAAGGACAUUUGGUUUAAUGAUUUGACAUAUCCUUUCAUUUGUAGACUUUCCAUUAAUUAAUCUAUGCCAGUUGCACGUUUCAGACAUUGACGUCACGAAGAACAAUGUAUCAUUAAUUUGGGUCACGUGAAACACAUUAGUGUGCCAACACGCGAGAUGAAUUUCGCCAAAUUAUUAAAGCACCUGUAGACUAAUAUGUUUUCGAUAUUGAAAAAAUGUUAAGCUAUACGAGCAUUUUAAAAAAUAAUUUAUCAAACUUAAAGUCUCUGUAUACAAAAACUGAGUGUUUGCACAUGUUCUUUUGCAGGUUGCAAUCAAAAUUAUCGACAAAACACAAUUAGACCGGGCAAAUUUAGUCAAAGUGUACAGAGAAAUACAAAUAAUGAAGCUACUCAGUCAUCCUCACAUCAUUAAAUUAUAUCAGGUAAUGGAAACCAAGAAUAUGAUUUAUCUAGUAUCGGAAUAUGCUAGUGGAGGAGAAAUUUUCGAUUAUAUUGCCACUCAUGGACGUAUGACGGAAACAAAGGCACGACAAAGGUUUUGGCAGAUUUUAUCAGCUGUGCAAUAUUGUCACAACCGCAGAAUUGUUCAUAGAGAUUUAAAGGCAGAAAAUUUAUUAUUGGAUUCUAAUAUGAAUGUAAAAAUAGCAGAUUUUGGUUUUAGUAAUUUUUACUCUGUAACUCAACAACUGGCUACUUGGUGUGGAAGCCCUCCCUAUGCUGCUCCAGAGGUUUUUGAGGGGAAAAAAUAUGUGGGACCAGAAAUUGAUGUAUGGAGUCUGGGUGUAGUAUUAUAUGUUUUGGUAUGUGGUGCUCUACCUUUUGACGGUAGCAAUUUGCCAGCACUUAGAGAAAAAGUUUUAUCUGGAAGAUUCAGGGUUCCAUAUUUUAUGUCAUCUGAAUGCGAACAUUUGAUACGUAAGAUGCUAACAGUUGAUCCUGUGAAAAGAUAUACAAUAGAUCAAGUGAAACAUCACAUUUGGAUGACAUCUGACAGUGAGAAUAUCAAAUUAUUAUCAUCUCCUCCUGUUUUAUGUUGCUGUGAUAGAGAGGGUGUUAAAGUUGGACAAUUUAAUGAUCAUGUUAUUAGAUUAAUGCAACAAUUGAAAAUUGAUACUACAACUACCAAAGAGUCACUUCUCAAUGAAAAAUAUGAUCAUCAUGCAGCUAUAUAUUUCCUUCUGUUAGAAAGAUUACAUCAGCGUCGUCUUUCAGCACCUGUUGUCCGACCUGAAGUUCAAGCCAGAUUAAAUACAGACAUGACACGAAACCUUAACAUGCCUGUAGGAACAUCUCCUCCAAUUAUUACUCGUGCUCUUCAUCUACCUUGCCAUUCACAGUUUAAUCCCAAGCAAGGUAUUCUCAAGAAUUCUGCAACAAAUCAAGCAGAGAAGAAUUAUAACCAUCAGAUACCAGUGUCAUCUUUUACACCAACAGGAAUGUUUAAUGACAUGAGUUUGUCUGGUCCGUCCCAAAUACCUCAAUUUUCAGAAAAUGCAAUUUCAACAGUAACAGAAGUUGCUCAAAUUACAGGAGUUCAGCAAUGGUCUUCUUGUAUGUAUGUUGAUAGUGGUCAGUGGAACAUAGGUGAACAAUCUGGAGAAAGCCAUAGAAGUAGUCCACCACUUUACAGUCUAACUGAACUGUUAAGGCUUUCACAAUCUCCUUUUGGUAGUGCUGCAGUUCAAGAACCAGAAAAAUUUGAUAUGCCUUCACAGUCUGCAAUUACCUCUAGUCUACCAUCCUGUGCUCCCAGUAAUGUAAUAGGAAAUGUUCCAGUAUCUCCUCGCAACAAUCAAUCUCCUCUCAGACUUAGAAGUAACACUUACACUCGUUCUACUCGUAGACAUGAUCCAAUGGAUGGUGUUCAGAGGUUUCUAAAAUCACCAAACACUUUCAGUGAAGGAAGAAGAGCAUCAGAUGGAUUAGUAGCACAGGGUGUAGCAGCAUUUAGUGAUAGGCUUGAAAAUACUGAAAAAGCUCGUGGCAAUUGGCAAAUUAAUGAACUGAAACAAGAACAUAAAAAAUUGCAAAAUUUAUAUAGGACAAACGUAACCCCCGAAGAACAAAAUAGAAGGCAACAUCAACAUACAAUGUAUCUUGCUGAAAAUGAUGCUACAUCUACUAAUUUUCCUUCUUGUCAGAUGAUUUCUGUUUCUCCAGUAAAUCAUUCAACAAUUAAUGAAAUAGAAACUGAUGAAACACAGAAAUCAAGUUCUGAAUUUGGACAAAUGAUUCUUAGUCAAAGUAAACAAUUCCAACAACAGUUAUUCCAAGAUCAAAGUAGAGCAGCUAUUAAUUCUUCCAAAAGAAAAAUAACUAGGCAAGCAUCCUAUAAAUUAGCUCAACAAGCUCCAAUUUUACCUCCUCUCCCAAAUGACGUCACUUCUCUCUCUCUUUUCUGCGCUGGAGAUAUUCCAACAUGGCAGUUUCAACCAAUUAGAGAAGAUGUCUCACCAACAGAAGAAGAAAAAUGUAUUGAACAUAUUAAUGAUAGAGAAUUAUCAAAUUCUUCAUUCACAACAAUAGAUGCUGCUAAGAGUUCCCCUUCAACUUUCCUUGAUCCUGGUUCAACACAGAAAAGAGGUACUUCACCUCUAAUGGAACAGAUGUUAACUCUUUCUCUAGAUUCUCAAUCACCAAAUAGUCAGCCAUUUAAGUCAUCGUGGCAGCAGUUUUUAUCCACAGAUCAAUGUUGUGUUAACCAGCUUCCAGAAAGUAGUUCCGAGACGACACAACUUUCAUUUCCAUGGAAGCAAACAAAACUUAGUGCACACAAUUUACCAGUGUUAGACGUUAUGCAAGAAUUGGAUACAACAUAAAAUUAACAUAAGAAUGUGAUUGAUGGUACUUAAGAAAAUGAUAUGCUAUAAGUUAUGUCUGAUUCUAAGCUCACAUCUGCUAUUCCACAAUAGGAAAUAGUGAUACUUGCGAAAUUUAAAAUGUAGUCUUGAUAACUAUAUUAGUUGGGAAGUUUUAAGUUAUUAUGCUUAUUGUAUUUUAGAACUGUAAAGAAUAGAAAUUUUAUGGUUGUUCAAUAUUGAAAACAGAAUGAUGUUUUACCCAUGUAGUUAUUGUGUAUGGAAUUCGUGUUUAAAGUCAUGUCAAUGAUUUUUGAAAUAGUUUUAGUCAGCUAUUACAGUAGAAUUGAAUUUUUGUUCACACAAAAAUAGGAGAAUUUCUCAUCAAGUUGUCAACGUAUAAAGUAAUCUGUAAUUAUUUGGAUAGAAAACAAAGUUUUGUAGUUAGUCUUCCACACUAUCACAAUUUAGUGAAUUGGACAAUCGAUUAGAAAUACGAUGGUAAUGAUGUAUAUUUGCUUUUGUAACUAGUCCUGUCUGCCGACAUAGAGUUCUUUCAGUCAAGUGCCUGAUUUCAUUAUUAUAAUUGAGAUGAAAAAAUUUUGUCAUCAUGUGAUACUUUUUUAUUAGACUUUUCAUAUAUUAUUUAUAGUUCGGGUAGCAAGAUAAAACAAAUCAGUUUGUAGAAAAGUCUAAGACAGUUUACCUUUUGAAAUUUUAUUUAGAAAUUUAUUUGAUAUCCAUCUGUUUCGUGUUCAUAUUUGAAUGUUUCUUUUUUUUUGUUUUUUGUUCAUGGAAACUAUUUCUGUACAAAAACUGCAUUUAUAAGAAAUGUUGUGUGUUUUUGUGGAAAUGAAUGUAGAAAAAAUGUAGUUAUGAAUUCCAUAUUUGUUAUGUUCUGUAUAAUAUAUAGUUUUGAGCAACUGAAAAAAAUGUCUGUGAUUAGCUGCUUAUAUGUAUAUUAUAUGAUCAGUCACCUCUGUGAGGUGUGCUAGUCUCCUGUUCCUUACUGUCGUGAAUAUGAAAAAUCUUGUAGAAGGGAUAUUUGAUCAUGACGAUCAUAUCCCUCAUUCAAAGAGUUUAUAAAGUUUGUUAGAUCAACUA